GGAAAUGUUUCUUGUCGGACUCUUCAGACACGGACCAGACGAGGCCAACUAGUAAACAAUUCCUUGUAGGAAAACUAAAAGAACAUCCACGUUCAGGAUGUUCGGGUGCUUUUUGUAUAGAAGACAUGCGGUCCGGUACUUCACGCGGUCACGUUUCUGUUCGAGCUCGUCUGCGAACACCCAGCAUGUCACGCACGGCCGUGGCGGGACAAGGUCGGUUAGAAUCGGCUGCGCCUCCGGGUUUUGGGGGGACACGGCCACCUCAGUGCCUCAGCUCAUCCAUGGCGGUAGACUGGACUUCCUGGUUUUUGAUUACCUGAGUGAGAUCACCAUGUCGCUGCUGACUGCUGCCAAGGCCAAGAUGCCUAAUCUGGGUUACGCUCCAGACUUCGUCCAGGCUGCACUGAAACCGUUUAUUCACGACAUCCACACGAAAGGUGUCCGUGUGGUCAGCAAUGCGGGUGGCGUCAACCCGCUGGCUUGCGCCGCGGCCAUACAGGAUGUCAUCAAGAAGGCCGGUCUGGACCUCAAGGUUGCCGUGGUGACGGGCGAUGACCUCAUGCCCCAUAGAAACAGACUCGCCGAGGUCAAACUAGCUGCCGAUGGCAGUAGCUGUCCGUUACCUCGAACACUGCACAGUAUGAACGCCUACCUCGGGGCACUGCCUAUUCGCCGCUGUUUGGACCUGGGCGCUGACAUAGUGGUGACCGGACGUUGCGUGGACAGCGCCCUUGCUCUUGGCCCACUCAUGCACACUUUUGGGUGGGAUAGCAGCCACUUGGACCUGCUAGCAGCCGGCAGUCUGGCAGGUCACCUGAUUGAAUGCGGCGCUCAGAGCACCGGCGGCAUCUUCACCGACUGGCACCGCAUCCCCGACUGGGACAACAUAGGUUUCCCGGUGGUGGAAUGUUCCCCUGACGGCUCCUUCCUUCUCUCUAAACCGCCAAAAACAGGGGGCCUGGUCUCCUUUGGCACGGCUGCCGAGCAGCUGGUUUACGAAAUCGGCGAUCCGCGGCGUUACAUGCUGCCCGACGUUGUUUGUGACUUCAGCCAAGUACACAUCCAGGAAGUUUCUGGUGUAGAGGGUGGCGCCGUCAGAGUCAGCGGUGCCAAAGGCUCAGCUCCAUCGGCUGACUACAAGGUGUGUGCCACCUAUAUGGAUGGUUUCCGUGCCACUGCUGUGUGCCCGCUCGCUGGUCCAAGAGCAUCAGAAAAAGGCCGCAGGACAGCCGAGAGCAUCAUCAAAAGAACACGACGCAUAUUUAAGCAUUUGGGUAUGGAUGACUUCACAUCCGUAAACAUCCAAGUCCUGGGAGCAGAGGACACGUACGGUGCCAACGCUUGCAACAUAGACAACAGGGAGGUGGUCUUGUGGAUGGCGGUCCAACACAAAGACAAGAAGGCACUGGAAGUCUUCUCUCGGGAGAUCGCACCUGCUGGGACCGGCAUGGCUCCUGGGCUGUGCGGCAUCGUGGGCGGCCGUCCCCGUGUGUCACCUGUGCUGAAGCCGCUCUUCUUCUUCCACCCCAAAUGUGAAGUCAAGGUGGACAUCCACUUGGGCGGACAACUAGUGGAGUCCAUCUCAGAAACGGGGCCCAACGCAGGCGAGCUUGAAGAUCCUCCCACCUGCGUCGAGGACACCCCAGAUGAAGAGCUUCCUGCUGGUCCUCACUGCUACAGACUGGAAGAAUUGGCCUAUGCCAGGAGCGGAGACAAAGGAGACUCGGCCAAUAUUGGAGUCAUCGCUCGCAAUGCCCUCCUCUUCCCUUACCUGAAGAAACAUUUGACUUCUUCUGUGGUGGAGGAGUACCUGGCCCACGUCUUUCCACCGGGCCUCAGUGGCGCCGUCACACGUUACACUCUACCAGGCAUCAACGCUCUCAAUUUUGUCCUGAAGAAUUCUCUUGGCGGGGGAGGGGUGGCAUCACUGCGCAGUGACCCCCAGGGAAAAGCCUUCGCUCAGAUGUUGCUGGACUUGAAACUCAGAGGACUUCCUGACCUCAAAUCCCUACUCCGCUGACCGCACACACGUACAUAUGCACACACACACACAGGUUUUAGGGACUUGAGGAGCCCACAAGAAAUCCCCACAAUGUGACCUAAUUGAAAGCAGUGUCGCCAUGGAAACCACUUCCAUGUUGGCCUCCAGUAUAUGAAAAAGCUUAUUGGGAUGAAGUAGAAGAUGGUUUUAUGACCUUUAGCAUCUCUGAUGUUUGUGUGUCACCCUCUUAUGACGCUUAUCGUGAAAGGACACGGCUGCUAAUGUAGCAUGUUAGCAUCCACACACCUAGCCAACAUUAGUGCCUUUGUGAGCUGCCUGUGUGUGUGUUUGUGUGUUUGUGUGUGUGUGUAGGUGCUGUUUGAAUGAUACAGAAAGUGCUCUUUAAUUAUGUGUGUCAUAUUUGUGACCCUUGUGAGGAUAAGCGGUAGAAAAUGAAUGAAUAUUUGUGGCCUGUCCAGGUGCUAAUUACUUUAUUUGCUAAUGGCAAGAUAUAAUGAGGACCAGCAUAUUGUAAAAAAAAAAAAAAGAUUACAAAUAAAAAUUAACAUUUUGCACUGUUGAAUCUUAAGGAGAUUCUAAAUAAAGCUACAAAAUACAAAAAAAAGACGUGACCCCAAAAAAACUUGUGUAAAGUGAAAUAGGCUGUUAAUCAGCUGAUCAAAGGUUUAAGAACAUAUACUAAAUAAAAAAAAAAUAAAUAGAAAUAAAUUUGUCAAAAAAGGACUCAGUAAUGAGAGGCUGUUCUGUUUUUGUUUUGUCCAUUUUGCAUUGUUGGAUCUUAAGGAAGUUCAAAAUAGAGCUUCAAAAUGCCAAAAGAAGAAAUGGGAAUCAGACAAAACAUUUGAGUAAGCAAUUUAUUGCAAACAAGCAUUAAUGUGAAAUAGGCUGUUCAUCAACUGAUCAUAAGACCAUAACAUGCUUGAUGCCAGUGUUUCCAGGAGGCUAGUGGGAAUGUUGUGGGAAUCCAUGGAGGACAUCCACUGUCUGGAAGGCAUGUUGAUUUUUGUGAACCUUUGAAUGUCCCAUGUUUGGUUCUGGUGCGAAGGAAGGGCAUCGUGCUGUGCUUCAGUAUUCAACACAGUACAUGUUGGCAUCCAUGUUUCCUUCUAUGAAAUACAAGGCAACGUACCACACUGGGACCCGCCCACGGGGCAAUGCCCCAGCUGUGUCUACAUGUUGUCUGUUUGGUAGCACAUAGUAUCUGUGUGAGCAGCUGUUCUCUGUGACAACGGUGAAUAAAACAUCACAUAGGAGUCAUCUCAGAGAUGACCAUCCGGAGUCUCAACCACAUAGAACCUUACCCCAAACAUCCAGGAACUUGUCAUUCCCACAACAAAACAGUGUUGGUGCCGCCAUCUUUGGGGUACAAAUUACUGGUGUUGUUAUCUGUACUUCAGAUGGAAUAAAACACACUGAGCUUUCAGAGCUUUUGUUUGCGCGUGUAUGAUUCACCAAUUUGUUGGCCGCAGACUCAAUAGUUUGGGUCGCCACCUAAAAUCCCACUGACUUUAUUCCUGUGUAAAUACAUUCAGAAGAGUCUGUCCACUUCUCGUAGCUUUGCCUCCAGGGUCUUGAGACACAUGCUAACUCGCAAACUAGAGAGCUAGCGACCUAAACGGUAGCCUUCAAGUUAUUUCCUUUAAACUUAAAUAGCCAAAAACUUACCACUUCCACAUGGAUAUGGAGGAUAACUAUUAACAGUUAUUUAACCUUUAACAUGAACAUUAAUCAAACGUAAAUUUUUUCUGGGUACAUGAUGCCAUACAGCAUCCAUAUCAAACUUGCGUUAAACUUUCAUAUCAAGGCGGGGACCUCAAACUAGUGUCCUGCGGGCCACAUUUGGCCCAAGGGUCGCAUGUUUGAGACCCCUGCCAUACAGCAUCCAUAUCAAACUUGCGCGGGCCGCACUAACAUUAAACUUUCAUAUCAAGGCAGGGGCCUCAAACUAGUGUCCUGCGGGCCACAUUUGGCCCGCGGGCCGCGUGUUUGAGGCCCUGUUCUAAAACGUUGUCUGAUUGCAUGAAUAUGUACAAAUACUAAAUGACAGAACUUGAUUGUUGUUUGCGGUGGCUGCCAAACUCAAAAAGCACACUGACGCU